AUGAAAACAAUUUUAUAUCCACAAACAUUUGAUCAAAAACAACAAAAACAAAAUCAAAUUGAUAUUAUUUUGUUAUGUGCAUUAUUAGAUUUAACAUAUCAUACAGAAGAAUUUUUACAUAUUUUAUUUGAAAUAACUGAAGCAUCAGUAAAUAUAAAAACUUAUGAUAUUGAAUCAAAUGGUUCAAUAGAAGGAAAUAAAACAGAUCAACAUUUAUCUACUGGAUGUCUUCAAUCAUCUGGUUUAAGUAUUCGUGGUCAUGCAAUGCUUUCGCAUGAAGGUUUACCACCUGAACGUGAAAUACUUGAAUAUGCUUGUUUAGAUUCAAUUGAUCUUAAUCUCAUUGAAGUUGAAAAUGCUGUUAAUAUUCAAGUAAGAAAUAUUCUGUCUACUUCUUCAUCUUUCAUAAUUUUGUUGUUUUGGAUAGCACCUAUUCAUCUAUGUAUGUGUGAUAUACAUACAUCAUUAUGUAAUGAAAGUUUAACUUUAAAAGUUGGUACAAUACAAAUUCGACAAUUAUUACGUCUUUAUCCUGGCUCAUGGUUAAAAGCUGGUUCAAUAAGUGUUCCUGAAUUACGUAUUAAUGCAAAAUUUGAAUGUCAUCCACCAACACCUGCUACAAUAAAUGAACAAUUAGAAUUUCUUCCAACCAAUUCUAAUAUAUUAUCAUGUGCAUGUCUUGGUGGUUCAACAAAUUAUUAUACACUUGUACAAGGUGAACAAUUUUUUAAAAGUACAUUUCGUCUUAGUGAACAAUCAUUAUUUGGUCGUUCAUUAUUCCGUCCGGAUUUACAUGUUUUACAUUCACAUUUUAUAUCUGAACAUGUUAAUCGAUUUCAUCAUGAAUUAGAUGAUGAAGAAACUUUUUAUCCAUUUGAUGUUUGUGGACAACAUAAACAAUCUAAUGAACAACAUCAAAAUAUAAAUGAUAAUCCAUUAUAA